AUGAACUUCCACGAUGACUCGCAUAUUCUUUCAAAACUGGGAAUACUAGCGUCUAGAGACGAAAGUCCACACAAAAUCCGUUCUUCUUCCUCUUCGAAGGCGAAGGCGUCCUCCGAGAAAGACCGAUUCGUAGAUGUCAGUAUUGAUGGAUUGACAGAAUUGAAAUCGGAAUCCGAUGAGGAGGAGCCCAUUUUUGAUAGAUUAUUCGAUCCUUCUGUUGCUGGUCUAACGAAAGGUUGCCGUCUACGACUUGCGACCGUACAAACAAUUGCCUCUUUUCUUGAAAGUCUGGUCGGAUUGGCUGCUAUCCUCUUAUCAUCGCAGAGAAACACCUAUUAUAUGAACAUUUUGCACCAUGUUGUCGUUGUGAUUAGCCGCUCAUUUGUCAUUAUUAGUGGUCAGUGUGCUUAUUCGGUUUUGGGAUGCUGUUUAGCAUUAAUGUGUUCCUCAUUGGGGAGUCUGUUGCUUCUAUAUCCAUCGGCUGAUCCGUUCGCCAGUUUUGUCCUACUUUCCAUGGGUACUGGAGUGUUUGGACUGGUGGUAUUUCUUCACGUAGAGGUCCGCGUACAUCCUCGAAGCGGGACACAGCUGGACUAUUACAUAUUUCCUUCUCUAGUCGGUCGAUUUCUCUCCGUAGUGCUUUUCACUUUCCUACUGCCUGGUAGCGUAAGCCAGAUCAUGAGUGCUGUUCUGGUCUCAUCAGCACUUCUAAUUAUGGCCUUCAUAUUUUUAGCGAGAUCGGUUGGCAAGGCGGCAAGACUUAAGGAGAUAAUGGAGUAUUCGAGCUUCCCAGUUCUGGAUGCAUGUGGAGAGUAUGUGUCCUUGAUGGAAGAUGAUGUUGGUUUAGAGUCUGCAGAGGACGACAGGGAUGAGGCGACACCCGACGCUGGUCUUCAAAGAGAAGUUGCUGAGCAAUGCAUUGCAAUUCAGGUUCUUCCUGAGAUGCCGGCUCAUUCGUGA